AUGUCAAACAAUUACAACAUGAAGGAAUUUAGUUCCACAGCUGUCAUUACAGAACAUGGAGUGUAUCCCUCCACGUUCUCAAUCAAUACAAUUAAUACAAAAUGUAAAGAGAGUGAUGUCGAUGAAAGUAUCUACGAUCCAUUCCAGCACAGAAAAUUAGAACACCCAAAUUCAGACGUGAGAUCAUUCGCCAACCUAUUAAAGUCGUCACUGGGCUCCGGUAUCCUAGCGAUGCCGGCAGCAUUCAAAAACGCUGGUACACUGGUGGGCGUGUUUGGCACUAUUAUCCUUGGAUAUAUUUGUACACACUGUGUUUAUUUGUUGGUUAAAACAUCGCAGGAUGUAGCAAAAAUAACAAAAGUUCCAUCUCUUGGAUAUGCCGAAACAGUUGAGGCUGUUUUCGCGACGGGCCCACAAUGUUUGAGAAAACUUUCUAGAACUGCAAGGAUAUUUAUAGACUGGGCAAUGGCGUUCACCAUUUUUGGCGCCUGUGCUGUCUAUGUCAUAUUGCUCGUGGACUCAGUAAAGCAGAUCGUCGCGUAUUAUUACCAAGAUAAUGGUUUCACCGAUACCAUGUACUGUUUGAUGUUUCUUGCUCCCAUUCUGAUAUUUACUCAAAUAAAGAAUCUCAAGUACUUAGCGCCGUUUUCGGGCUUUGCAAAUAUUUUACUGGUUGCCACCUUCCUAAUAUGUUUGUAUUACAUCUGCACUGAUUUCCAAAGUAUCGACUCAAGACCUAUUUCAGUUGGUAUUGGGAGAUUACCAUUAUUUAUCGGUACAGUUAUUUUCGCUAUGGAAGGCAUAGGAGUAGUAUUACCAGUCGAAAAUUCAAUGGCUAAACCGCAGCACUUCCUAGGCUGUCCUGGAGUUCUUAACAUCACCAUGUCCAUUGUGAUACUACUCUACAUGAUUAUGGGAUUCUUGGGAUAUAUUCGGUACGGUGAUGAAGCAGCGGGAAGCAUAACUCUAAACUUGCCAACAGAAGAAAUCCCAGCAUUGAUGGCGAAAAGCUUUAUCAUCAUCGCUAUUUUCUUCACAUACACGCUGCAGUUUUAUGUGCCAAUGGAAAUUGUUUGGCGGAACACGAAGCAAUACGUCUCACAAAAGUAUUAUAAUCACGCACAAUCUCUUUUAAGAGCUGUGUUUGCUACACUUACAGUUGUCGCAGCUGCCACUUUACCAAAACUUGAGCAAGUAAUCGGUUUGGAGGGAGCUUUCUUCUAUUCGUUCCUGGGACUCAUCGCGCCAUCUUUGAUGGAUCUCAUAUUCUGUUGGAAUAGGGAUCUUGGCAGAUAUAAAUAUGUUCUUAUUAAAGACAUUAUACUUAUAGCGUUUGGAUUUUUCGUGUUGGUCACUGGGGUUAUGCAAAGUAUUAGAGAAAUUAUUCGUAUCAGUGAGUGA